UUACCCGUCCGGCCGCCUUGCCAUCCUCAUUACUUACCUGAGCGAGACCCAGUUCACCUACAGCGUCCACGGGGACAACAGGGACCAGGAGCUUCUGGCCUUCUUCACCAACCAGGGCCACGCAGCCCAUUCCCAGCCCAAAGGGAGACUCAGGCUGCACCUGGGCCUCUGCAACGGCUCUCUCUUCGACGAGGAAGGACAGCGGCAGAAGUUCUGGAACUGGUGGGAGACCGAGAGCCACGUCCACGCACCUCCUUUCCAGCCCAUCUGCCUCCCGCUCAAUCUUUACAUCCAGCUUAAAAUUAAAGCCCAGGAUCAGGUUUUCCUCACCUUCACAAAGUUUCACGAUUGCCUCCACCUCAACGUUGGUGCGCGGCUAAAA